AAGAAACCCUAGAUAUAUACUUGCUGCAUAACAGCAAGUACCGCACGCAAAACGCCUACCUGAUUUCCCUCACCAGUUCCCUGCAGCAGCAGCAGCAGCAGCAGCAGCCUCUUCCCCCCUCCCUCCCCUAACACCACAUCAACAGAUCCAAUGGCACCGAAGAAGGAGAAGGCACCGCCACCAUCAUCGAAGCCAGCAAAAUCAGGAGGAGGGAAGCAAAAGAAGAAGAAGUGGAGCAAGGGAAAGCAAAAGGAGAAAGUCAACAACAUGGUUCUCUUUGAUCAGGCUACUUAUGAUAAGCUUCUUUCUGAAGCUCCCAAGUACAAGCUUAUCACUCCUUCUGUCCUCUCCGACCGUAUGAGGAUUAGUGGAUCACUUGCUAGGAAGGCAAUUAGGGAACUGAUGGCUAGAGGUUCUAUUAGGAUGGUCUCUGCUCAUGCAAGCCAGCAGAUUUACACCAGGGCAACCAACACCUAGGUGUCUUAUUGUAUCUGGGGUUAUUUAGUUUUCAGUAGAAUGUUGCUGAGCUUCACUGCAAUUACUUUUUAUUCAUGUGACUGUGAUAACAAUCUUUAGAAGGUUCCUAUCAUUUGUGUUGAAUGAAUUUUUUCAGAGUUCUCGAGAUAUUGGUUUUGCAUCUUUAGAUUA